UGGCGGUGACGACCUCUCCACGAGAACAUGCCCCUUGCGGAGGAUCUCCUGCACCCGUCCCCGGGAGAGGAGAAGAGGAAGCACAAGAAGAAGCGCCUGGUGCAGAGUCCCAACUCCUACUUCAUGGAUGUGAAGUGCCCGGGAUGCUACAAAAUCACCACCGUCUUUAGCCACGCACAAACGGUAGUUCUGUGUGUCAGCUGCUCCACUGUCCUCUGCCAGCCCAAAGGAGGAAAAGCAAGGCUUACAGAAGGAUGCUCCUUCAGGCGGAGGCAGCACUAAAAGCACCCUGAAUCAAGAUGAGUGGAACACUAUCCCAAUAAACAGAUUUUGGAU